GUCGAUCGCGGCGCGAGCACUUGGAACGCACAGGUGUGUCGCUCGGAACAAGUGGUUAUCGCGCAAAGAAACUCGGGAAAACUCAGUGGAAAGAAACAAAAAGCCGACUCGUAGAAAAGACUUGUAUAAUCGCGGAUAACAAUCGAGUAAUAAUAAUCGUCGACGUAACAUCUCUGUAUCAUUAUAUCACCAACGCGAAUCUUUGUGUGCUUGUAUAAAGAGAGAGUGUAUAGAAACAGAUAAAAAUCACCACGGAAUUACGACAAAAAAUGCAAUUGCAUUUCGACGCAUCGUUUGACAAUCAGCUGUUUUAUUUCGGCGUGAGAAUAUUCAUUCUCGCGAUCGUUUGCGGCGGAUUCGUCGUGGGACAAGUUAGCACUCAGUAUCAUGGCAAUCCCGAUCAUAUAGUCUUUCCCGGACCAAUCGGCUCGAGAUCGAGGGCCCUUGGUAAUGAUCCCGUGGAGGGUUCCGCGGAUGACAGCGAUACGCUGAUACCACUCGAUUUAGCCAUUAAAUUAAAUUCCAUAGAAUCGUCGGAUGAGUUUUUGCAGCUUCUUCAAGGUGUUCCAAAGAAUGAAAUGGAUUCUACAUUAAGCAGUAGAUUUGGCGAGGAACGAUCGAACGCAGCGAGAGCGACACCGGCCAAGUGUAUGCCCGAGUUGCAACCCGUUUCUCUAAAACUGGACGACGAUCCUUCGACGAUUAUCUAUCCGCCCUGCACACGGAUCAAAAGAUGCGGCGGUUGUUGCGGUAGCUCCUUGCUCUCGUGCCAGCCAACAGCCAUGGAGAUCCGAAACUUCGAGGUGGUCGUGGCGUCGCUGGAUGGACUGAAUUACGCUGGUCGGCGAAUUGUGCCGUUGGAGGAGCACACUAAAUGCAAGUGUGACUGCAGAAUCAAAGAGGAGCAUUGCAACGAAAAACAGCAUUACGAGCCGCACAAUUGCAAAUGCGUCUGCGACAACGUCGACGAGGCGGAGAAGUGCCGUAAGACCAACGACACAAAGAUCUGGAACCCGGAUCUUUGCAUUUGCUCGUGCAGAACUAUCGAGCCAUGCAGCACCGGAUAUUACUUCAAUUACAACACGUGCAGAUGUGGACCGAUAAUGUUGUCUAGACCAGUAAACAGAUUAUCCACGAAAGGUUCAAAUUACAAUUUCUCUAACCGUCGGCCCGAAAAUGUGCCGCCUGAGAUAAUCCCGUUGGACCCAUUGGAUCCCAGAAGAAAGCACAAGGAGGAUCCAGAAUACAAGUGACAAAGAAUUGGGACAGACGUACGGAUUACAAGACUGCUAAGACGUAUCCACAGUCACUUUGUUAGUCUCUUUGUUACACAUACAAGACUUGUCAUUAAUACAAUGCCUCGGAACUGAAAGAAUAGAUUAUUUUAUUCGUCCAUUCAUUAGAUUGUCGCAGUUUCAUCACAAUAAAAAGUAUAUUGCAGAAUCUAUAAACAUUCAGUAUUGGUGCGUUCGCAAUGCAUAAAAUAGUAUGAUAAUAGAUAUUGCCAGGUCUGCGAUCUAAUAGUAUAAGAAAUAUUACAUUUUGUGAUUAUAUUUCCAAACUAUGGUAGAGUGACACAGGCUUUCCUAGUUCCAAGGUAUUAAGCUAUUAUGUAUUUACUGUUGGAUAAAGAUCAAGGAACAUUGUGAUAUAAUAAGAAAAGAAUUAUUCAUAAAAAUAUAAUCUUCAAUAUUAUUUAUAUCAUAAAAUUAUUGUUUUUGUAUUUAUUGUUAUAAUGACAAAGUAAGAAAUAACUAUUAUUUACUCUACUUAUUGCACAUGAUAUACACAUGACAAUAAAUUUAUGAUAUCACACAAGACUUUCGCUUACAUAUAUAUUUGUUAAUAAAUACUUAUAUCUAAGUCAUUAUAACAUGAAAUUUUUAGUUUAAGGCUUCUCACUGCUGUUUUGAAUUAUGUCAAAGCAAAAACUAUAUAUGUACUCUUCUUGUUAACUGUAGAUUUAGGUUUUCAGAGUGAUGACAUACCAUAAACUGCAGUGAGAGAGUGUAUCAAAUGCAAACAAUAUGAGAUAAAUACAACCGUUAUACCAG